UCAAUAAUUUACCUGGCCCGGUCAUAUUGAUUGCACCUACUCCCUUUUCUAUCGCCCUCGCUCACUCGCUCACUCGUUCUUUCCACGAAAACUGUUGAUGACGAGGAGGUAAAGGAGCUCAUUAACAAAUGACAGAAAAAGGGAGAGAGGGAGGAGAGAGAGCACUAUCAUUCUAUCAGACAGGUGUUAUCGGUCUUUGGAACAACAGCAGGAACAGUGGGACUGCAGUGAAGGUGACUUUCACUGCCUUAAGACGUUGAUACACAAAGGACAAGAAACGCCUGAGGAAACUUCUUCAGAAGUUUGCAUGGGAAUACAGACUCUUCACAAGAGUUUGUUCUGUGUCUGACAUUCAUUUUUAAGGCCUUUUCUUUAUUUCACAUUAUAUUGUCUUUGAAAUUGGUCACGAUGUCGGGAGCCACCAGUGACCAGCUGCACAGAUCAACUUUAACUGUCUAUUUGAAUCUGAUGGAGCACUUCAAUCCUGGACUCCAGAAGCUUGUUGCCCUAGGAAACAGCUAUGUCAAAGCUUUCCAAGCCUUAGCUGUUUGCAGUGAGGCCUACUUCAGCGCUGUGGCAAAGAUGGGUGACCAGGCCCUUCACACGCUUUCGUCUCGCUCUCUUGGGGAUGUCCUGAUCCAGAUAUCGGAAACACAGAGGAGACUCACUGCAGAGAUGGAGGGAGUGUUUCGAUGGUUCCAGAUAGAGGUGUUGCAAGCCAUGGAGAAGAAUGUAAAGUUGGAUGAGGAGUACAUUGAUGGUAGUCGCAGAGUGUAUGAGCUGGAGGUAAGGAAUCAGGCAGAGGCUUUGGAGAAACAACUCAGACGAGGAGCCUACAGAGACUCUCUGGAGAACAGUGAGUACAUGCUGUACCUGAGGCAGAGCCAGCAGGAGAUCCUGAAGGAGGAGGAGAGGAGGUAUCGCUUUUUGGCAGAGAAACACUGUGGCCUCACCCAGUCACUGCUCUUCCUUAUAAACAAGACUGGUACGUCUCUCCAGCUAAAAGCAGAUGGAUGGAAGGAGAAAGUGAAUGACACCAGAGGGUCCAGACCUCUUACUCCCACACAUUUGGACCAAGAGGCACAGCUGCGAGGUUCUGUGAGCUCCCUGCUGCAGACAGUAGCCCGAGAUGAAGAUAUGUCCUGGGCCAGGAGGGAGCAGCAGGCACUGGGCAGAGUACCCUCUAGAGCGCCGUCUCCCCUCCCCAGCCGCUCUCGCUCCAGCUCAGUGGGGGAAUCUCUGGGUCUGGGUGGAGGGAGAGCCAUGAGAGCCCUGGUGUCUCACCCGUCCUCAUCCAACCCAAAGCUUCUACCUUUCAACAGGGGAGAGACUGUCACCGUACUGGUCCAGGAGCCGCGCAACGGCUGGCUGUAUGGACGCACUGAUAGUAGCCUGCGUCAGGGCUGGUUCCCUGCUGCUUAUGUGGCCCCCGUUGAAGACUUCUCCAACACUUUAGCAACAAGUGGUGGUUCUCUAAGAAGCCACAGUAUGAACAAUCUGCUGGACCCCACUGACACCUACACUGACCAUACGCAGAGCAAGAGCUAUGGAGAUGUCCCGCCACCAGCAACACCCAACCGCAGAGCCUCUGUAGACUUCCGUCCGAUCUCUCCUCUACCUGAGAGGAAGCUGGAGCCAGCCGUGGAGACAAAGCCCAGUCAGACUAAGAGCUACAAUGAACACCCACCUCCACCUCCUCCCCCGCCACCUCCUCCUCCCCCAAGUCAGAAUCCUAGAAGCGCCUCUGCAGAUUUUCCACCAAUCUCUCCCCUCCCUGACAGGAACGGUGAAUCUGCAUCUGAUGUCCAGGCGUUAUCACCCCAUGGGCCACCUGAAAACCCACUGUUUCCCAGAGGCACAAACCCAUUCGCUACUGUGAAGCUUCGCCCCACGACGACCAAUGACAGAUCUGCUCCUCGUAUCCCCUGAUCCGUCAGCACUCAUGCAGUAACUGCCAGAGGCUGCCAGAUCAGGUUGUGGAGGAUAGACAAUUUUGUUUUAGGAUAAUGUAAUGUCAUCUCUGAAAUUGAAGGCUUUGAGGGCCAGAGAUUCAGAGGAAGGUUUGGUGAGUUUUUUUGUACAUUGUUAGUUAAGAUGAGUUAUUUCUUGUACCAAAAGCAAAGUGAUAUUGUAGUACAUCAAUAAUACAAUAAUUUAAUAUCAAAACCAUACACUUUUACGAUAGUUGGUUUAUCAACUCUUUGUACAGUAUUUAAGUUUUUAUAUAGAUAAGUUUGUUUGUCUCUUAUAGUAAAAUAUUAAAUGAAUAGUUAGACAUUUUGUGAAAUGUGCUUACUCUAGAGUCAGAUGAGAGGAUUGAUACCACUCAUCUGUCUGCUACUUACUUAGCUUAGCGUAAAGACUGGAAACCAGGGUAAACAGCCAGAUACCAGCACCUUUUUUGUUUUUGUUACCUCUGAACAGAGCCAUUCUAGCUGUUUUCCCCUAUUUCCACUCUUCAUUCUAAGCUACCUGGUUGCUCACGCCAGAA